AAAAUACUCCUACACGCCUAUAUCAACUUUUUUACUUACCAUGUUUGUUUUAUUACACAAAUACCACUUAGUCAUCAUUUCAUGCACAUACACGUGUGCUUUCCCCAUCACUCAUCAAUCAAAUCCCACUCUCUUCCCUCUCUUUUUUACAUUUUCUUUCCAUUUCAUUUUCGAUUUUUCAUUUCUGUUUCUAACUUCAUUUGAAUACAAGUAACCUCCCUUCAUAAGAUUAACCACCCAUUAUUGAUCACGUUUUUCCCUCUUCUUUUUUGUUCAUCCACGAAAUUUCAACUCCCUCUAAGCCCACGAUUUAUCAACUGUUAUUCCCUCUCUGUUUCAGUUUUUUUAAAUUUUAUUUAUAAGAUGGCAAUCACUCGUUCAUCAUCAUCCCCUUCUCCAGUUCUCAAACAAAAAUCGAAAAUGGGCAAGAAAACUUUGGCCAACAAAUCCAAGGGUAAACGCCCGAUCAUUGAAGAUUAUGAUUCUGAUUUUGAUGCUCCAAUGCCCAAGCGUGGGAGACCCCAUUCUUCGAAGAAAACGAAGCUCAACUUGGAGGAGCACACGGUUCCAGAAAUUUCUGGGAAAAAAACUCUUGCAUCUGCUGAAGAUCGAACUCAAGUUGGUUUUUAGUUUCAUUAUCGUUUCCCCCUUUUCCUACAUUUACACUUUACCCAGAUUUUGGCGUUUUUUUGUUCAUUCUCCUUUGUGUAAUUUUAGGGUUUCAUUUGCACAUUUCGUUUUAUGUUUUUAAAUUUUUUAGUUAUUUAUUGUUCGUUUUGAACAUUUCAUUUGGUUCUUCUCUGGGUGUUGUUCUUUAAUUUGGUUUUGUUUUCUUUAUUUUCAGUGUUUUUUUGUGCUUAUAGGUUCUGUGUUUUGUUUUCGUUUAUAGUGUUUUCAAUCAGUCGUUUGUAGUUUCUUAUAAGUUUUUUAAUAGUUUAAUAAUGGUAUGUUUGAUGUGUUUUCGAUUUUCAUUAGGUUUAGUUGUUUGCUGUUAUAUUUUAGGUUUCAAAACGAUUUUCAAAUCUUUGCUCUUUAUUUUUCUAUAGUUGUAUCUGUUUUGUAGUUUGUUUGUUGUUUGUAUAUAGUUUUAUUGUUCUUUUCAUACUGUAUUUUUCACUAUUAAAAAUUUAUUGUGUUGUUAUGUUUGAUGUGUUUUUCGAUUUCCUUUAGGGUUAGUUGUUUACUGUUUUUUUUACGUUUCAAAACGAUUUCAGGUCUUUACUGUUUUUUUCUGUGUAGUUGUAUGUUAUUGGUAGUUUGUUUGUAGUUUGUUUAUAGUUGUAUUAUAGUUUUCAUACUGUUUUAUUCACGAUUAAUAAUUUAUUGUGGCCAUUUUCGUUAUGUUGCAGGUUUGGGACUACAAAUUUAGUCCUUCUGAUAUUUAUAGAUCUAAGUGUGUAUGCACCAGUGUUUAUUCCGUGAUAGAUAAUAUUAAGAACACUUUAUCUGUUAAUUUGCUUUCUUUGUUUCGUCAAACUCAGUUUGGGCAUUUUCUGGAUAUGCCUGAGUUUGUUUUUCAUCCGCAAGUCGUACAUAGUUUAUUACUAAGGGAAGUUUUCCAGCCCAAUCCUAAAGAGUUUUGGGCUAAGGUUGCUGGCCGUUGCAUACGGUUUAGUGCCGAAGAAUUUUACUUGAUUUCUGGAUUAGAUUGUUUCGGUGAUUGCAACAAGUUGUUGUUUUCACAGGAAACAAAUCAAUUGGUAGAAACAUGUUUCCGUGGUGUAAAAACUAUUGACCACAAAGCCAUCGAGGAUGCUUUUUUGGGUAGUCGGUGGGGUUUGGAUGAGUCUCUUGGUUUGAAAAAGGCUAUUUUGUAUUUCAUUCAGUGUUUUCUUCUUAGCAAUACUCCUAACAAAGAAGUGUCUAGGUUUGAUCUAGAUGUAGUGGAUAGCGGUCGGUGGGAUGAGUAUUGUUGGGGUAGGGAAUCAUUUGAAUUGACAAUUGACUCAUUAAAAGGUAGGAUCCAGCAUGGGAUUAUUAUGAAAAAUAGGAAGGCAGAGAAGGGAGGCCAAUAUGAUGGCUGGUAUAGGGCAUUGGGAUGUCCUUGGGUUUUCACGGUUUGGUUUUAUGAAUGCUGUCCUGCAAUGGUGAACUCUUUCUGUAAGAGAGUUUCAUCUUCUAUUCCAAGGAUUCUGAACUGGAGCAACACCAUCGUCACCAAAAAUCCAACUCUUCGAGACUUGAAGGGCAAGAUUUUUGAUUUACCUUUGGACAAGGUAAUUUACAGUUUCUUUACUGUUUCUUUUCAGUUUUAUUUAUGUUGUUAAUUUUUAGUUUUUCCAAUUGUUUUAAUUUUUUUCAUAUUAUGUUUGAUUAUGCUGUUCAGUUGAAGAUCAAAAACAUGCGUCCUACUGAUGAAGAGAGGCAGCAGCUUCAACUUGACGGUUUAUUUCUCGAUGAAUCUAUUGAUGACCGUGGUGUAGCGAAGCAAUCCUUUGAGGGUGGGUCAUCUUCAAAGAAGUCUGAUUCAGCAGAUAUUGAUUGGAUGAAAUCUAAGUUGGAGAUGGUCAUUUCGAAUCAAUCAUCAUUGGCCGAGGACUUCAUAUCCUUGAGGUGUUUUGUUGAUUUUAAUUUCAAGUCCGUAAUGACUGUAAUUAAGGAUAUCUAGGAGAAGGUUAAUGCCAUUCAUCGUCAUCCUUCUAAUGAGGUAUUUAUUCAUAUUUUAUUGUUUAGGUUUUUUCAUAUAUUUUUUUUAAGUUUCUUUACUGUUUUAUUUAAGUUUCAUUUAUGUUGGUUGAUACAGGGAAAGUCAUCGGAUGAAUUAGUAACUCAAGAUUCUGAUGAUGAUGCUGAUGAUGAUGAUGAUGAUGAUGAUGCCGAGGAUGAUGAGAAGCAAUUGCCUGAUCCAGAAAAUAUUGAUUCCGACUCCGACGAUGGUGGUGAGUUGGUUAAAGUUGGUGGGGAUGCUGAUGAUGCUGACAAGGUUGUUACUGCUGUUCCCCCUGCUGAUGUGAAUCCAUCUGAGGCUGUUGGAGGGAGUGAUAAAAAUGUUAAGGAUGUUGAGAAGCCAAAGGGCGAUGAGUCUCGAUUGAAGGGGGACGAUUUCUUUGAUGGGUUAAGCCAGCUUGAAAUAGAUGAUGAUCAAGUUGUGUUGGCUGGCUUGGAGGCUGUUGGUAAAAUCCAUGUAAGUUUAUUUUUAAUUGUUUGCAAGAAAAUUAGGUUUCUUUUUGGUUGCUCAAUAGUUUCUAGUUUGUUUUGCAACUGUUUUAAUGCAUUCUUUCAUUUUUAGGUCCCCGCACCCAAUCCAGAUGUUGUUGGUCAAAAGUCAGAUGCCCUUCAUACUGAUGAAGAAACUGAGGACACUUUCUCUGAUACACCUCUGUUGGAUAAGAGGAAGCGUGCUCCGGCCUUGAAAUCUCCUUUUGUUGAUUUCGGGUCUGCUGAUGUGGGGAGCACUCCAAUGGAGCUUAUGUCCUCAGGUUCUCAAUCAGCUGGGGAUGAUAGGGAUUUCAAAAUGGUGACUUAUGUGAAGGGCCUUUAUGCUCUUAAUGAUGCGUUUGCUGAUCCCGUAUCUACCGAGAUUGAGGCAAAAUUUGACGCUUGGAUUGGUGAAGGAUUGCUUAAACAUCCUAGGUGACUGUUUUUAUUAAAUCUGUUUUUGUAUUAUGUUUUAUUUUUCAGUUUUAUUCUGGUUUUAAUGCUAUUUUUUUGCUGUUUUUUUGUUGUUGUAGGCAUUCUAAUUGUUAUGAAGAUGGCGCAAAGAAAUUUACCCCGGGUUUUAGGCUAGGUGUUGAUUAUGUUGAGGAUAAAACUUGGUUUUAUCAUUUGGCUACAUGCGACAUGUUUAUGAACGACUCGCAUAUGAACACCAUAUUCUAUUACCUUCGGAAAAAAGGUAAAUAUUCUUCCGCUGUGACGUUGAAUUUUGCAACUACUGAUUGUCUCUUUGAUGAUUCCAUCCAAGCUUUGUACCACAAAUAUAACAAGGCCAAGUCAAUGAAGACUAAGAUGUCACACAUUCACGCUGCCCACCCAAUAGCGCAUUACAUCCGAGGUAUGCGCAUUCCCUGUUCCAAGCCUUGGUAUGAAGCCGAUCAUGUGUUAUUCAUCAUCAAUCUAAGAAGGGAAAGUCAUUGGGUGUUUGGGCGUCUUGACUUGAAUGAAGGGAUUUUGUUUCUGUAUAAUUCUUUGAGGACUGCGAAGAUGAAUGCUGCAGCUAGGAAUGCCAUGAAGGCUUAUUCUGUGUUGCUGCCUUUGUUUUUCGAUUUACUUGGUUUCUGGAAGAAUAGGUCACAAGCUCCUGCCUCAGGUUCUGACCCUACAGCUCCCUUAAGAAUCGUGGAGAUUAGUGGUCUUCCGUCUCAGCAGAAAAAGUGAGUGUUUCUUUUAAGUUUAUUUUAUGUUGUUUUUUAGUUUCUAAACUGUUUACUUUUCUUCUGUUUUUAUAGUGAUUGCGGAGCAUAUGUUGCUGCAUUUGCCGAAUUCUUUAUCCACGGAAAGGAUGUCCCUGCGGACUUUGACAUCGAAGUUUAUCGUACCCAACUUGCUGCACUUUUCUUCUCAUAUGGCCAAAGGAAAAUUGAUGAAAGCAUUGAUAGCGAGGAUGAGAAGCAAAGCAAGUCUUCUAAGGCAUCUAAAUUGAAAAAAUAGGAUCUUUUAAUUUGGUGACUCUUUUCUGUUAUUUGUUGAAUCUAUUAUCAGACAAUAGUUAGUGUUAUUGGUUGAAUGUAGGUAUUAUAUUUGAUUUUAUACUAUGUACCUGGUUUAAAACUUUUAGGAUAUUUGACAUUUACUCCUUAUAAUAUGUUUAUUGUAUAGGUUUGUAUUUCCCAAAGUUGUUUGUUUUUUUAAUUGUUCAAGUUCUUAUAUACGGUCGCACAACUAUGGAGAAACUAUUAACCAACUGAAUACAAACAAUGUUUUUAUUUUUUUCUAAAUUGUGCUAUGAAUGUAUUUUUAUUCUUUGUAUUCCAUUACUCCUUUUUCCUUUAUUUUAGUUAUGUUUUAUCAAUUCUUGACUGACUGCCUUUAAAACUGUAAAGAAGAAGUCAUUCCGGUACUUAAUAUUUACAAAGGGUCACAACUGUAACAAAACGAUUUUGCAACUACUAAAAAACUGUUUAAAAUUUCAUAAAAAUGAAAUCCCAUGUAUUUAGAACAUCACAAAUCAACCUGUUUGAAUUUGCACACAAAAUUAAACAAUUCAAAUAUUUCAUAUGUAUCUAUUUUAUUGCUUGAUUGUUGCAUGUCUUUCGAUUGUGUCCGUGUUGACCACAUUUGCUACACCUGUUAUGUUUUUUUGUAUCCCAUUCAGAUAAAAACCUUCGUUUCCUUGGUCUUCUAGAUCUUAUUUUUUUGUUUGGUGGCAGAACAAUGAUAUCUUUUAUGUUUUGUGGCACAUCC